GACUGAUUGCUGCGCCAGCUGCAUUUCAGCCCGCCAACAGUUAAUAGGAUGGAUCACUGAUUCGACAGCCUCGCCUUCCAUGGGUUUUCUGAGACGUCACCUGCAGCUCUGCGCCACGAAAACGAUUCUCAUUUGCUAACUCCCUAUGGAUGAUGUACUACAUAGCACGACACGCUCAUUCAUCCUGCUUGACGGUGGGGUAGAUAAACUUCCCUUCCGGCCUCCCCCAUCAACUUUCGUGGAGAACCCUUAGCACUCACGUUAAGUUUCUUCUAUUAUUACCACUCCUAUUAUCGUUGAAUCAUAUCAGUUUAUAGUUUUAUCCCCAUUCGGAUAUCUCUUUGGAAAUGUACAGCCAGAAAGAUUUCGGUGAUUCCCAGCGUGGCGGUCGGGGUCGAGGCGGUGACCGAGGAGGAGGAGGAGGAGGAGGCCGUGGACGAGGCGGCGAUCGAGGCGGCGAUCGAGGCGGAAAUCGGGGCCGUGGGGGAGGUGGAAGAGGCGCAAUGGAUCUUCCAAUCCGUGGCGGUCCUCCUGGUGGCAGAGGAAGAGGUGAUGGCGAGUUCAGGGGCCGUGGUGGACGUGGUGGUGGUGACGGCGAUUUUAGAGGUCGUGGACGUGGUGGUGGUGAUAGGGGAGGCCGUGGCGGAGGAGGAUUCCGAGGCAGAGACCAGGCCCCGAAGAAGAUCUACACUCCUCAAAAUGGUCAGAAGGCUGAGCCAGACAUGGCUGUUCUGAAAAAUGAAAAUGGCAUCAUAGAAAGCCUGAAACAGAAGUACAGCAAGGCUAUGCGUCAGGCGAAAUAUCCAGAACGACCUGGGUACGGUACCCAAGGCCAGAAAAUCCUGCUUUACGCCAACUAUUUUGAGCUCUCCAGCAAGGCCAAGGAGUUGUUCCGCUAUCAUGUCGACAUCGCUGCCGAGGGUGGCAGGACUCCCACGGGCAAGAAAGCCAAGCAGAUCGUCAGGCUCUUGCUCGAUGAGCACUUCCUGCAGUACCAGAACAGCAUCGCUACUGAUUACAAGUCGACUCUCAUCUCACACGUCGAGUUGCCCAAACAAGAGGAAUAUCUUGUCCGCUACAAGGAUGAAUACGAGGAUGACUAUCCGGAGCAGCCCAAGGUUUAUCGAGUGUCAGUGCAGUUCACAGGUAACCUUCGACCAUCGGAUCUCUUGGAUUACCUUUCCUCAACCAAUGCCAGCGCCAUCUUUGACUCCAAAGCCGAGGUGACUCAGGCCAUGAACAUUAUCCUUGGACACGACCCCAAGACCGAUCCGCGCACCGUCUCGCUCGGUGCAAACAGACACUUCAGUCUUAUGCCCAACCUGAUGGAAAAGCAGAGUCUUGGCGCUGGAUUGGAAGUCCUGCGUGGCUUCUUUGUUAGCGUUCGUGCGGCAACCUCGCGCAUGCUGGUCAAUGUACAAGUCAAGUACAUUGCCUGCUACCAAGAGGGCGAGCUGGCGAAAGUGAUCGAAAGCUACCAGUAUGAGAACUCUCGUAACAUUUACAGACUCGAGGCCUUUUUGAAAAAACUCAAAGUUCAAGCAACCCAUAUUGUCAAAAAGAACAAAAAGGGACAAGAUAUUCCCCGCUACAAGACAAUCGCAGGGUUGGCUACCCAGGCGGAUGGGAGGUCCCUGGAGAAUCCUCCCAGAGUAGCGAGGCACGGUGCUGGCCCUCGAGAGGUCCAGUUUUUCCUAGGCGGGGAAUCCCAGCAACCACCCCAGAAAGCGCCCGAAUCCAAGAAAGGUGGCAAGAAGGGCAAACAGCCCCCCAAGGCUGGCCCUACACCGGCAGGUAGGUAUGUGACGGUGGAGCAGUUCUUCUUGGAAAAGUAUAACAUCCAAACCAACAACAACUUCCCCGUGAUGAACGUCGGGUCCAGACAGAAUCCAUCUUAUCUCCCCGUGGAAGUUUGCCUUGUCGUCCCUGGCCAACCGGCUGGCACUAAGCUCACCGGGAACCAGACGCGGGCGAUGCUCAACUUUGCGGUCCGAGACCCGGAGCAGAAUGCGUCGUCCAUCGUGACAAAGGGCGCGCAAGUUCUUGGUUUCGGAUCCGCAUCGAACAGGGCUCUUACAUCAUUUGGCUUGCAGGUCAAACCGGAGCUAAUCACCGUUACCGGACGGGUGCUCCAAUCUCCUCGAGUCUUCUACAAGGACAAGAAGAUGAUCGAAACUUCCAAUGGGAGUUGGAACAUGAUCAAGAUCAAGUUCUUCAAGCCCGCCCAGCUGCUUUCCUGGACAUGGCUCUACAUAGAUGGCCAGAGAGGCCGGCGCUUUUUCCAAAAUCAACCCUUGGAGGAUACCGUGAGCCGGUUGGGUGCCAAGCUGAGUGAGAUGGGUGUGCAGACAAACCCUGCUCUCCCGGGAAUGAAGAUCACUCUGUCUGGCAACAACACGUUCGAGGAGAUUGACAAAGCAAUCGGGGCACUGAUGGAUAGACACAGGCCAAGUCUCAUCUUUACCAUCUCCCACAAUGACGAUUCGGAGAUCUACAACUCCAUCAAACAGAUAUGCGACCUCCGCCGCGGAGUACGCAACGUGAACGUUCUGGCGCAGAAGUUCGACGGGGCCAACGACCAGUAUUUUGCCAACGUGGGUCUGAAAAUCAAUCUCAAGCUGGGCGGCGCCAAUCAAGCUCUCAACCCGGCAGAAAUGGGUAUCAUCAGCGAGGGCAAGACGAUGCUUGUCGGCAUCGACGUCACUCACCCUUCUCCAGGGUCUGCAAAGACGGCCCCCAGUGUUGCCGGGGUUGUCGCAUCUAUUGAUUCCUCUCUCGGUCAGUGGCCUGCAGAUAUCCGCAUCCAAACCGGCCGCGUCGAGAUGGUCGCAGCUCUGGACGCCAUGGUCAAGACACGGCUCGAGCUGUGGGCCAAAUUCAACCAGCAGAAAUAUCCCAACAACAUCAUCGUGUAUCGAGACGGGGUCUCCGAAGGUCAAUAUGACACGGUCAUCGAGCAGGAGCUGCCCCUGAUCAAGAAUGCGUGUGAGGAAGUAUACCCGGCCAGUGCAACCAAACAGGGCCUGCCCAAGAUCUCGAUCAUCGUGGUCGGAAAACGGCACCACACCCGCUUCUAUCCUACCCGCGCCGAAGAUGCAGACCGGUCCAUGAACCCCAAGAACGGCACCGUGGUGGACCGCGGCGUGACCGAAGCCCGAAACUGGGAUUUCUACCUGCAAGCCCACACGGCGCUCAAGGGCACGGCACGACCAGCGCACUACUUCACCGUCUGGGACGAGAUCUUCCACGCGCAGAAGCCCAAACCCCCCUUCCAGAACGCAGCAGACAUCCUCGAAGACCUCACCCACAGAAUGUGCUACCUCUUCGGCCGUGCUACAAAAUCAGUCAGCAUCUGCCCGCCAGCAUACUACGCCGAUCUAGUCUGCGAGCGCGCCAGAUGCUAUUUGAGUCAUGUCUUCGACCCGACACCCAUGGCGACCCCCUCUGGGAGCGUCAUCGGCGGACAGGCCGGUGAAGCAGCGCUCACUUCCAGUGAUGUGGAGAUCCAUCCUAAUGUACGCAAUGUCAUGUUCUACAUCUAGGGAAGGGUCUGCACAUCUCCGACAACUUUUUUUUUUUUUUUUUUUUUUUUUUUUU